CAAGUCUGGAAAGCAAAGGUCAGUUCGAUUGCGUUGCUAUGCAACGAGUCAACAAAACAAAUGCGGAGGCUCUUACAGAUGCAGACAUGUUCAGUUACUCAGCUAACCAGUAUGACAGUGCCUACAAGCCGCAGAGGCUGCAGAACUGGGGGGAGACAACUAAAGACUUCAAAAAGAGACCCUCUGCACAGGAGGGUCACACCACCUUCAUUGCUAAUAAUAGAGGACAUCUACUCCCAGGAGUGGUAAAGCGUGGCAGUGCAUGGCCAGACUUUAAGGGGACCUGGGAUCUACCGGUCCGUAUCCCGGCCCAGCGGAUCAACCCCACCGGCCGCUCUGUGGAGGGUCUGAGCCGGCUGAAGUCCUGGGGCUUAGACCCAGAGGACACAGGCCCAUCUCAGCCACACAGAGGCAGCAGAAACACGGACAGGCUGGAGGAUGCUGGAGGGCUGGAUGCUGUCGAGCAGUAUAUUAUUUCCUGCUACUCCUGGAUUUCUCUCUGGGCAUCAACGAAGGCUUGUCUUAUCCUUCCUUUCAGAGCAAUGAGGAUGUCCAGCAGGACGAUGGGGCCCUGUCAUCGGAGUAGCCAGCCCUGAAGCACCAUCAUCCUCUAAGCAGACACACAAAGAUGAACAGCAAGAACAGUAACCUUCAUUUAUUUCUAAGUGGAUGGAAAAAAUACAUACAAAAAUAAAUAAUUAUUUGAG